GGUUACAGCCUCUCACAUCCGCGCUGAUACUAUUAACCAAUCCCAGCACAGGAGGCGGGAUUUACUACUUUUUUUUUUCUUCUAGCUUAGCUUGUUUAGCCUUCUCCUGUAAUAUUCAAGUUUGGCGCGAGUAACACUGGAUCAUGUUCGCGCUACACGGUCGGCACUGGAUUCAGAGAUGUUUGUUAUCCCGACCUGGAGUGAGCACAAUGCGGAAACUGAACCCAGAGACUCAAACCAUGUCCUUGAGGUGUGAGUGUCUCGGAGUAACACAGCUCCACACGUCUGUGUGUCAGUGUAGAGACCAACUGAAGAAGAUGUUGAGUGACAGGAGGAAGAAGAGGUGGUAUGAAACUCCUCAGUCUGUACUCACAGGUCAGUCUGGAUUUAUGAAACCAGCCAAGAAAAGAAGCAUGGAGGACAGUCUGCGAGUGAGAACCCUGAACACAAUCCUGUACAAAUCCAUCUCAGACCUGCUGUCAUCUCAUGAGCUUAAUGCACAGAUUCCCGGUUACAACGUGGAGAUCACUAAAGUUUCACUGCUGGGAGAUUACUCUGUGUGUCGAGUCUACUGGAAGACAAGUUUAUCCUCUGAUCGAGACGGUCAGAUUCAGCAAAUUUUGGACAAGUGUGCCCCACGGAUACGAUACCUUCUCAUCUCCCAGCAGAUCUUGGGCAGUGUUCCCCCUUUAGUUUUUGUGCUAGAUAAACAGCAUGCAGCUCUCAAAGAGGUGGAAAAUCUUCUAAAGAUAGCAGAUUAUGGCCCCACUGAUAACUCGGAGAAGAUUGUUCUUAAUGGGAACGAUGCUGAGACAAGAGUGCACGCAGUGGAGAAGAAGAGAGUGGUGUUUGGAAUCGAUCACGAUGCGCUUUACAAACAGAUCGAAGACUAUAAACAGAAGCCGAGAGACUCUAGCACACAGACCAGCAGCUCGACGUCUCUAACGCAAGAGCAGCUUGACAUGUUAGCAGAGAUCAGGAAGCAAAAGCUCAUAGAGAAAAAGAAACGCAAAGCGAAGAAGAUGAAAGACGACGACAUCACACCUAGAGAGUUUCUGCUCUUGAGGCAACUACAGAAAGAGCAGGAUGAGCAGUAUGAUGGCGAGCGGGGCGCAGAGGACGACGAGGCUUCGGAGCGGACAUGAUGAAAAGAAAGACUGAAUAGAGAAAUUUGGCUUGAUUUUUUAAGUACAAUUUGCUACAAAUAAAUUAUUUCAUGUUGUUUGA